CGAAACAAAUAUGGCAGCCCGCUACCUCUGCACACUGUGCGAAGGUUGUUUUUCAUUUGUAAGGUUGUCACAGAAAUCCUGUCAAUAUGUUAAGUCUGACAAUAAAGGAGGUGUCUUUGGCCCUCAGGGAGGGAAGGAUAUCCCCGACAGAGCUUUGUAGAAGGUGUCUGGACCGCAUCAAGAAAACACAUCUCAAUGCUUACAUCAGUGUGACAGAGGAUUUGGCACUGAAGCAGGCUCAAGAAGCAGAAACCAGGCUGCUGCAAGGUGUCCCUAAAGGUCCUCUGGAUGGAAUCCCCUUUGCAGUCAAAGACAACUUCUGUACAGAGAAUAUCAAGACCACAUGUGCCUCCAGGAUGCUCAGAGACUAUACUCCACCAUACAAUGCUACAGUGGUCCAGAAGCUCCUGGAUCAAGGAGCUGUUCUGGUGGGGAAGACUAACAUGGAUGAGUUUGCUAUGGGUGCAGGAAGUACUGACGGGGCUUUCGGUCCAGUAAGGAACCCCUGGAGCUAUGCUGCUCCCUACAGACAACAGACAGGGGCAUCACCAGACUCUGACUGGGUCAUUGCUGGAGGAAGCUCAGGAGGAAGUGCUGCAGCUGUGGCCUCACUCACCAGCUACCUGGCUUUGGGUUCAGACACAGGUGGUUCUACUCGUAACCCAGGAGCACUGUGUGGUGUUGUGGCCUUGAAGCCAACCUACGGUCUGCUGUCCAGACAUGGUCUAAUCCCUCUGGUCAACUCCAUGGAUGUGCCCGGCAUUAUUACCCGCAGUGCCAAUGAUGCAGCCAUUGUCUUAGGGAUCCUCCAAGGCCUCGAUCGUAGGGACUCAACAACAAUCCCCGCCCCUUCGCCCCUGACAGAGCUACCUGAGGACUUUGACGUCAAGGACAUGUGUAUAGGCAUUCCGAAGGAGUACCAUGCCCCGGGGCUGUCUGCACAGACUCUUGCUCAGUGGAGUCAUGUUGCUGACAUGCUUGAGAGAGGAGGGGCACGGGUGGAACAAGUAUCCCUACCACACACCCAGUACUCCAUUGUGUGCUACCGUGUCCUGUGCCACGCUGAAGUGGCAUCUAACAUGGCCCGCUUUGACGGCCUCCAGUACGGCCACCGUAGUGAGGUGGACAGCUCAACAGACGCCCUGUAUGCUACCACCCGACAUGAGGGCUUCAACGAUGUAGUGAGAGGGAGGAUUCUGUCAGGGAAUUACUUCCUGCUUAAACAGAACUACCAGCACUACUUUGUGAAGGCCCAGAAAGUCCGCCGGCUGAUAGCGAAUGAUUUUAAGCAAGUGUUCAGCUCAGGUGUCGACAUGCUGCUGACACCCACCACUCUUACUGAUGCAGCCCGUUACUCCGACUUUACUCAGGAAGACAACCAAACACGCAGCGCACAGGAAGACGUCUUCACGCAGCCUGUCAACAUAGCAGGUCUCCCUGCUGUUUCUGUGCCAAUUGCAUUAUCAAAACGAGGCCUUCCCAUUGGCUUACAGCUCAUAGGCCCAGCCCUCCAAGACAAAAGGCUGCUCAGUGUUGCCCAGUGGAUCGAGCAAAGGGUGGGCUUUCCCUCCAUCAGUGACUGUGAAGACUCCAGUGAGAGC